GAGGGCAGAAGCAUAGGGCAGAAGGGACCUUUCUGCAGACGCUGACUGGGAUAUCCACGCAAAACGGCGCUUUCCUGUCCUCUUAUUCGUGGAUACUGAUACAUUUGGGAGACUGCAGACGGACUGGCGCGACUUUAAUGCGGCGUGUUGUUGGCGCAGACUGACAGCCAGCUGUACGCUGCCACCAUAGACCUGUAAUCAUGACGGCAGACGAGACGAUCAGCAUCAAGGAGGCAGAGGUGAUCAAGGUGAUGCUGGACUUCCUGAACUCCAGGAAGCUGCACAUCAGCAUGCUGGCCUUGGAGAAAGAGAGCGGAGUCAUUAAUGGCCUCUACUCUGACGACAUGCUCUUCCUCAGGCAGCUCAUUCUUGACGGCCAGUGGGAGGAGGUGAUGCAGUUCAUUCAACCUCUAGAAGGAAUGGAAAAGUUUGACAAGAAAAGGUUCCGCUACAUCAUCCUGAAGCAGAAGUUUCUGGAAGCUCUGUGUAUAAAUAAUGCCAUGUCUGCUGCUGAAGACCCUCAGAAUCUGGAGCUCUCCAUGCAAGCAGCAGUCAAGUGCCUCCACAGUCUGGAGGAGUUCUGUCCGACCAAGGAUGACUACAGCAAGCUGUGUCUCCUCCUCACCCUGCCACGCCUCACCCACCACGCAGAGUUCAAAGACUGGAACCCAAGCACGGCACGUGUCCACUGUUUCGAGGAAGCCUGUGCUAUGGUAGCUGAGUUUAUCCCCGCAGACAGGAAGCUGAGCGAGGCAGGCUUCAGGGCGAGCGGGAACCGCCUCUUCCAGCUGCUCAUCAAAGGGAUUCUUUACGAGUGCUGUGUUGAGUUCUGUCAGAGUAAAGCAACUGGUGAGGAGAUCACAGAGGGUGAGGUGUUGCUCGGUGUGGAUUUGCUUUGCGGUAAUGGCUGUGAUGAACUGGACUUGUCACUGCUCUCCUGGCUGCAGAACGUCUCUCCAGGUGCCUUUUCCUGCGCCUUCCAGCAAAAGACCCUCAACAUCCAUGUGGACCGUCUGGUGAAGCCCAGCAAGGCUGGCCACGCCGACCUCCUCACUCCAUUAAUCAACCGCCUGUCCCCCUGCCCUACCUCACCCUUUCGUCAGAGGCCUCAUUACCUACAGUUCUCUGGCUCCACCUGCUGGAUACAAGUAAGGUGCAACGUGAGAUCACUACGAUCUAUGAUCAAGUUCAAGGGUUUGUCAUAUUUUCCUGACUAUAGGAAGCAACCACAUGGGCUGGAUGGACCCAACACCACACGCACACCUCUGGCUCCUGGAAAAGAUGGUGGGCCACUCUGCAGCAUGGAAACAAAUGAGCGUCCUGACUCCACAGAGCACAUCCAGGAGUAUUACAGGCAGCGUCUCCGCGUGCAGCAGCAUCUGGAGCAGAAGCAGCAGCAGAGACAGCUCUACCAGCAGAUGCUGCUGGAGGGAGGGGUGAAGCCGCCAAACGGAGCCCAAAACAACCUCACGGAGACCUUCCUCAGUAGAUCCAUUCAGAAGUUGGAGGAGAUGAACGUGGGCAUUGGAGACGAGGUGAUGACACAGUGGAACGGGCUGACAGGGAACACCAGCACAUCCAGUCCCAGAACCACCAACACCCGCCACGACCCAGACAUCGGGUCGCCAAGGGCCAAGGCAGGUGCAGGAGUCAGCAGCACCCCGUUAGGGGCCGGAAGCCACGGCUUGCCUUCCCUCAGCGAGUCCCCAGUUCCUGCCAGUCAGAGUGCUGAGAGGAUCCGAGGGUCUUGUCCCACAGUCCAAGAUGAUUCUGGCUGCUCUGCGACACGUAACUCCCAAGAGCCGGGGAAGUCCAAAGCACAGUUUGUUAAAGUGAACCAGCUCGAGGACACACAGGCGGUGCGUGCAGUGGCCUUCCAUCCCUCUGGAGCGCUCUAUGCUGUCGGCUCCAACUCAAAAACCCUGAGAGUCUGUGGCUACCCAGAAACCCUGACCACCAGUGGUUCUGGUGCAGUCAAGCAGCCGGCGGUGCGCUUCAGGAGGAACAAACACCACAAGGGCUCAAUCUACUGUGUAGCCUGGAGCCACUGUGGACAACUGUUGGCUACUGGCUCCAACGAUAAAUAUGUCAAAGUCUUGCCUUUCAAUGCAGACAGCUGCAAUGCCACAGGCCCAGACCUGGAGUUCAGCAUGCAUGACGGUACCAUCAGGGACCUGGCCUUCAUGGAGGGCCCCGAGAGUGGAGGAUCCAUCUUGAUCAGUGCCGGGGCCGGAGACUGUAACAUCUACACAACAGACUGUCAGAGAGGACAAGGCCUUCACGCCCUGAGUGGACACACUGGUCACAUUCUGACUCUGUACACGUGGGGAGGGUGGAUGAUCGCCUCUGGCUCCCAGGAUAAGACCGUGCGGUUCUGGGACCUGCGGGUGCCAAGCUGCGUCCGGGUGGUGGGCACAACUCUGCACGGCUCAGGGAGCGCAGUUGCUUCGGUGGCCGUGGAUCCCAGCGGCCGCCUGCUGGCCACAGGUCAGGAGGACAGUACCUGCAUGUUGUAUGACAUCAGAGGAGGCCGCAUAGUCCAGACAUACCGGCCCCACGGCAGUGACAUCCGCUCGGUGCGCUUCUCACCUGGAGCCCAUCAUCUCCUCACCGGCUCUUACGACAACAAAAUCAUCAUCAGUGACCUGCAAGGUGACCUAACAAAGCCCCUCCCUCAGACGGUGGCAGGGGAGCACUGGGACAAGGUGAUCCAGUGUAGGUGGCACCCCCAUGACCGGACCUUCAUCUCCUCCUCUGCAGAUCGAACUGUCGUCCUCUGGGCACCAGGCCCCUGAACUAUUCACUGGAGAAACUCUGGUUAUCAGCAGCAGCAGGAAACACAAGAAGAACACAGUGGCCGCACAUCGUGUGUGUGUGUGUGUGUGUGUGUGUGUGUGUGUGUGUGUGUGUGUGUG